AGCAAAAUAUCCUAGGUUGUCCAAAACGUAGCGGAUGGCGGCAGUUGUGAACGUUUAUGCAACGUCGGCGACGACGGAAAAUCUAUCCAGACAUGAGAUGCUGAUGUGGGUGAACGAUUGCUUGCAAAGCAAUUUCACGAAAAUCGAGCAGUUGCACACUGGAGCUGGAUACGCGCAGUUCACCGACUUCUUAUUUCCUGGGUCGAUUCCGUUGCGAAAAGUGAAGUGGAAUUCCAAUCUUGAGCUUGACUGGCUAGGGAACUGGAAAAUCGUGCAAACAUCAUGGAAGACUCUUGGUGUGGAGAAAAUCGUUCCAGUGGACAGACUCAUCAAGGGAAAGUUCCAGGACAAUUUCGAAUUUCUGCAAUGGUUCAAAAAAUUCUUUGAUGCUAACUACGACGGGCAUGAGUAUAAUCCAUUAGAUGCACGUGGAGGUGAACCUUUGCCAGCAGAAGCACCUGCUGGACCCGGAAAACCUGCAACAGCAACACGAAUGCAGAUGCCCACACGAACUAAUAGUACUGGAGUGACGCGAACCGGCCCACCAUCCCGAAACGCAUCGAACUAUUCCAUCAACGCUACACACAACACGACGCACACGAACGCUACACCGGCAAAACCACGUCCUGCUUCGGCAACUCAUCGUCAACCAGCACCUGCACCUGCCAGGAGUAAUAACAAUGUAAUGACCAAGCCAGCCGCUACACCAGCUCGUCCUGCCGCCGCGCCCUCUGUAGAUGCAAUGCAAUUGAAGCAACUCAAAGAGGAGGUUGAUGAUCUCACUCGUCAGCUGGGUGAGAGCGAUGCAGUGAUGAGUAGUUUGGAGAAGGAACGAGACUUUUAUUUCAACAAGUUGCGACAAAUCGAGGUUGUCUGCCAAGAUAAUGAGUCUAUCGGUACAGUUGAAACGAGGAACAGUAGAGUAAUCUUGCAACUGCGUGUAUGCCAAAUGUCCACAGUGUGUUCAUGAUGUUCACUAUAAAUAAUGCUGAUGUCGCUGUUGAUUGAUGUCGACUAUUAUAGUUUAUUUGAGUUCAGCCCUAAUCUAACUUUUCCCCGGAACUCCCUGUUGUAUGAUAUAUGUCUCCUUUCAAUUCCUCUCUGAGCGUCAAUUUCCAGAGAAAAAUAUUUGGCCUUGGUGUUCACGGUGCACUCUGUUCAUUGCGAUUUUUGUUCAUACAAUAAUAAUGAUAUAUUCUGUCUAUUUUGUUGGCUUUGUAGGAUUAUCUGUAGAGUUUGUGCUGGUACUUCAAAUUUUUUUCUAUGAAGUAGCCUGUCUACUGUAAUAGUAGUUUAACAUUACGAAAUGCUUUUUGUAAAAGUAGCAGUGGAAUAUCUGAUAGCUUUCCUAUAAUAGUGGCAAUGAUACACUAAUGCUUUCUGUUCUCGUCCAUUGAUUUUGUGCUUGUUUUUCUGUGAAGAAUGUUAUUCGAGAAUAAAAUAUAUCGUAUGA